AUGAAUAGUCAAGGAAGAAGCACUUUGACAUGUGGGUAUUGUUUUAAAGUAAUUGCUGGUGGUGGCAUUCAUCGAAUGAAACAACAUUUGGCAGGAGAACAAGGCAGCAUUAUUCCAUGUUCAAAGGUUGACCCGGCAGUUAGACAUGCUAUUUUAGCAUCUAUGAAGGAGAAGGAGAAGAAAUCUAAAGAAAAAAAAGGUGAUUUUGGGGUGGAAAAUCCAUUCGGCCACACUACUCAUGCAUUUGAUGGCGAUGAAGUAUUGGAAAUUCCUUCUUCUUUAGCAAAUGAGAUGGGUUCAUCUAGUAAAGGAAAGAGAAAGGUCACUGCAUCAACAGGUAUACGUGCUCUUUUUAAAGGUGGAUGUGAUACUUCUCAACCAACCAUUAAAACUUGUUUGCAAAGUAAGGAAAAAUGGACAAAUACGGACGUAGCUAUUGCUUUUUGGUUUUAUGAUGCUUGCAUUCCUAUAAAUGCUGUUAAUUCUCCAUUUUUUCAAAAAGUUAUUGAUCAAAUAGCAUCAAUGGGUAAUGGUUACAAAUGUCCCUCCUAUUAUUCUUUGAGAGUUAACUUGUUGCGAAAUGCCAAGAGAGAUGUGAAAUUAGUUGUUGAUUCUUUUAGAAGUACUUGGGCAGAAACUGGUUGCACUAUAAUGGGUGAUGGAUGGAAAGACACUAGACAAAGACUAUUGAUUAAUUUUUUGAUUUAUUGUCCUAAGGGUAUUUCGUUGAUUAAAUCUGUGGAUGCAUCUGAUAUUGUAACAAGUGCAGAAAAUUUGUGCAAUUUAUUUGCUGAAAUUGUUGAGAUGGUUGGCUCAAAUAAUGUGGUGCACUUAGUUACUGAUAAUGCUAGCAAUUAUAAAGCUGCUGGGUCUUUGUUAAGUGAAAGAUAUCCGAACAUUUGUUGGUCACCGUGUGCUGCACACUGCAUCAAUUUGAUUUUGAAAGACAUUGGUGAAAUGAAUGAUGUAAAAGCUAUAGUGUCUCUUGCUUCAACGGUGACUGUUUUUUAUCUACAAUCAUAA